CACAUCAUACUUUGCUUCCAUUGUAUUGGUCUCCUGAACUUUAUGCACCAUGCAGCGGAGGGCGAGAGAUACUCCUGUUGGCCUGCUUUUACUGGCUUCUCAAAUUUUCCAGGUCGGGAUCACUAAUAUCCCCCCUGUCACUCUGGCAUGUUUAGCCCUCAGUGUCUUGCUUUUUCUGAAACCCCUGAAGCCUUUCUACUCGCUUUGCCUAAGUGUGGAAUCGUGUUUUGAGAAAAAAGAUUGGCAGCGCCUGCUGCUUGCUCCUUUCCACCAUGCAGAUGACUUGCAUUUAUAUUUCAAUAUGGCGUCCUUGAUUUGGAAAGGACUCACACUGGAAAGAAGACUGGGGAGCGUUUGGUUCGCCUGCGUCGUCUCAGUCUUCUCCAUCCUCUCUGGUGUGGUCUACCUGGCCCUGGAAUAUUGUAUUGCAGAACUUCUGGACCAACCUGAACACAAAAUGUACUGUGUCAUCGGUUUCUCAGGAGUCUUAUUUGCUUUGAAGGUUCUUAACAACAAUUAUAAUCCCGGAGGACACACAAAUAUUAUGGGAAUAUACAUACCCAACAAGUAUGCCUGUUGGAUAGAACUGAUAAUGAUUCAUUUACUUGCCCCAAAGACUUCCCUUGCUGGGCAUCUGGCUGGGAUUAUCGUUGGACUAUUGUACGUUCUGGGGCCUCUCAAGAGGAUCAUGAAAGCUUGCGCAGGCAUUUUCUUUGAUGUCCAUUUCCAAAGAGAACAAUAUACCCCCUACAAUCCAGAAUAUAGAGCCUAUCAAGGCGACUUUCUCGACUAUCAGCCUUUCCAAGAAGUCCCAAGGAACUACUACAUCUACACGGCAGGCUUCACGGAAGAGGAGCAGCUAGAAAGAGCUCUGAGAGACAGCCUCCAAGACCAAAUUGGUGUUAACAAUGGCCCCCCACCCUAUGGCUUCAACAUUUCUCCAGAAGAUGAAAUGAGAAGAAAAAGACUAAACAGAUUUGACCGUCACUGAAAUUACCCAACAUCUCACGAAUCAUCCGUCCAGUCUCCUAAAUGCCCCCCAUCUUAUUCACUCCAAAAACCUCUGGUUUGCUCUGAGGAAAACCAAAACACUCUUCUUUAAGCAUUCCCUCACCUUGAGCGACUCAUUCAAUGGACCUUGCAAAUUUGGAGACCCAGCCAUGCUCAUCUGACUCUUCAAAUCCAGGAUAAACCAAAUACCACUGCCAGGAGACCACCUUCAGGACUCUGGUGGAACCAAAUGGAACCACUCUGACUGCAGAUCUCUCAUUCUCUCCAGGCGUCCUUGGAUCCAUGAUGGAGUGUGGCGUUCACAUUUUUAUUCCUUUCCUCGCGUGUUGCUAUUGUUUUAACAGCACAUUUCAUUGAAAAGCACUCAGGAAGAAUUUGGGGACAGAGAAGCAUAUAUUAACCAUUAUAAGAGACCAGCAUUUACAUAUAUAUGUAUUUGCAUACAUAUAUAUGCUUCUAUAUGCAUAUAUAUAUAUAUCAGCUCUGCCUCCGGUAUAAAUCUUUGUAAGUUAUCUGAAUGCCUUCAGAGAAAUGAUAGUUGAAAAGUCCUUCUUAGAGCAAAUGUGACCUUGUGAAAUAAAAACACUCCCAAGUCAGGCGCUCUAACAGAGUCCACGUUCAGGUGUCUUGAUUGUCACCCACAGCACAUGCUUGGGGAUGUCUGCCAGUUAACAGCAUCUCCAUUUUUAAGCCGCCCUAGUGCUAGUUCAGAGACAAAGUCAGAAUAACACCGACAUCUUCUUAGAGUUGGUCUUCAUGAACGUUGGAAGCAUCGUUUAUGGUUUUCUCCAAAGGGAACUUUAAUUUUCCCAUUUGGUUUUAAUCAUGGCGUCUUCAUGCUAGACUAAGACACAGUAAAGACUUAUCGGCUCAGUAGUGGGACGUAGUGGGAGAGCACGCAAGUCUGGUGCCAAGAGGCAGGAAGGCAUGGUGGAUGGACGUGAGGGCUCAGAGACAGGAAGGCUGGAGUUUGAAUCGUGCCUGCCAUACUUUUACAUUUCAGUAGGGUGGAUGUCCCUGUGGAAUGUAAACUCUUUGAGGGUAAAGACAGACAUUUUUGGACUUUUCAUCCUCAGUGCCUACCGCAGUGCCUGGCACAUAGUAGUUUUGGGGUUUUUUUUAACCCUUACCUUCCAUCUUAGAAUC